UCAAGUCAUCUACGCGCGCAAUCAAAUCGUUGAGCUCUUGAGAAAAACGGGAGAAAUGUAAAUCUGCUGUGGGAGGUUAAAAAAUUUAUUAUGAUUCGUGCGUUACAAGAUAUCUUGGCUUAGCAUGAAAAAAGAAGGAUGCAUCAAUGUCGGCGUCGACCGCAAACGCCAAAGUGCCAACGUUCGCCAAGUUCAUGAUAGGCGGCAUAUCGGGAGUGAUAGCGCAGACCGUGACGCAUCCCAUGGACGUUCUUAAAAUAUGCAUGCAAGUGUCGCGAAGUUCUUUGCGCAAAGCUAUAUUACGAAUACACAAGAAGAACGGAAUCGGUGGUUUUUAUACCGGUUUGAGCGGCGGCCUUCUCCGUCAAAUGACUUACACCACCAGCAGACUCGGAAUUUACAUGACCCUUCUGGAUGUCGGGGAACGUCACUUCGGCCGUUUGAAUUACGCGACGAUGUUUGGACUGGGGAUGACUGCCGGUGUGAUGGGUUCCUUCGUUGGUACCCCCACAGACAUAGUAAUGAUUCGCAUGGUGGCCGACAUAUACUUGCCACCAGAAAAGCGACGGAAUUACAAGAACGCUCUUAACGGUAUAAUCGACAUAUGGAAAAACGAAGGAUUUUUCAAAUUGUGGAGAGGAGCGUUGCCCACGAUGGGCAGAGCGGCGAUCGUUAACGGUGCGCAAUUAGGUACAUACACCAGAUUGAAGAUGCUUCUGGAAGACAGAGGAUACAUUAAAAAUGAUAUGCUGCUACAAUUUGCCGCGGCCAUGAUAUCCAGUGUGGUCACGUCCUUCGUUUCGAUUCCAAUAGACACCGCGAAAACUAGAAUUCAAAAUCUAAGAGAUUCCAAGAAAUCAUUGAGUCUCGCGGGUAUGAUGCGCAAUAUCGUCAAGACGGAGGGCGCGUUGUCGUUGUGGCGCGGAUUUCUUCCGUAUUAUUCAAGAGCAGCGCCUAACACAGUGAUCACCAUGAUCCCGAGUCUCACAGUCGUGUACACGGCCUGUCUCAGAAGACCGGCUGUCAGGCCGUUAUAAAACGCGAUAAUACCCUCUUUCGCGAACGUGUUGCCGAUCACUUCUACGAUCGAUGCCUUGCCCUUGUGCACCUGCAUUCUAUUCUUGAUCACGUCCAUCGG